GAAUCUUUCUCGCCGCUUCUCUUUAACCAAAACAAAAAGAUGGAAGAAGUUAUAGCAGAGCCGCCUCCGACUAUCUCUCCGGCGAUUGUGGAUUACGACGAGCAGAUGGAAGACGAUGACGACGACUCUGAUCUUUCUAUCUCGUCAGACUCCGACAUAGGUGAAGCUCUAGACUGGCUAGACGGCAAAAACGACGACGAGCUCAUCGGUGGCGGCUUCUCUCUGCACGCUCGUCGUCCCAACGCCCACGGCGGAAAUGGAGCUAGGCCUAACUCGGGCGCUCUUCAGCCUCUUUCUAACAAGGCUCAGAAGCUUUCCAGCCAUGUCCGCGCGUCCCCGUUGGAGGCGUGGGAAGGUAGAGUUGAAAUCGGGAUGUCGAACUCCGUGACGACUGCGAUACGUGGGAGUCUCAGAGACACGGAGAUCGGGAGGAGCAGGAACACUGAUAAAGCAGACAGGGCGACGGUUGAACAGGCGCUUGAUCCGAGGACACGUAUGGUGUUGUUUAGGAUGCUUAAUCGUGGUGUGUUUAAUGAUGUUAAUGGAUGUAUUUCCACAGGCAAAGAAGCUAAUGUUUAUCAUGCUACAAAGUCUGAUGGUGCGGAGCUUGCAAUAAAAGUGUACAAGACAUCAGUUCUGGUCUUCAAGGAUCGAGAUCGAUAUGUACAAGGAGAUUACCGUUUCAGACAUGGCUACUGUAAGCAUAAUCCCCGGAAGAUGGUGAAGACGUGGGCUGAGAAAGAACACAGAAAUCUUAAGAGGCUUCAGGCAGCAGGAAUUAGAUGUCCAGUUCCUAUACUUCUACGACUUCAUGUUCUAGUCAUGGAGUUUAUAGGAAGAGAUGGCUGGGCUGCACCGCGUCUCAAGGAUGCUGCACUAUCACUAGACAAGUUACGCGAGUCUUAUCUAGAGUUGAUAAUCCAAAUGAGAACAUUAUAUCAGAAGUGCAAACUGGUGCAUGGAGAUCUCAGUGAGUAUAACAUACUUUAUUUCGAGGGGCACCUUUAUAUAAUUGAUGUUUCACAAUCUGUGGAUCUGGACCAUCCUCUUGCCCUCACUUUUCUACGGGAAGAUUGUGACCACGUUUCAGAUUUUUUCAAGAAACAUGGUGUUGCUGUAAUGACCAUAAGGGAGCUAUUUGACUUCAUAGUGGACCCAACGAUUUCAGACGAGAAUGUUGAUAGCUAUUUGGAAGAGGUCCAACGGAAAGUGAUAGAGCGAGGAGAGCUAUCCGUAGAGGAUGAGAUCGCGGAUUCAGUAUUCAUGAAGUCAUACAUACCGAAGUCUCUGGACGCUGUGAAGAACCCGGAAGCUGAUGUGGAGAAGAUAACAAGCGGGCAGGACACAGGAGACAUGUUGUACCAAACAAUAACAGGGCUUAAGGAUGCUCUUCCUAAAGUAGAUGAGCAGCAAGUAAAGGUUGAUGUUGAAGAUAAGAUAGAGGAAGGAGGAGGUGAAAAAGAAGAAGAAAGUGAAAACGAAGAAGAGGAAAGUGAAAGUGAAAGUGAGAGUGAAGAGGAGUUGGGUCCUGAGGACAAGAAAGCAGCAAGGAAAGAGCACAAGAAGAAAGUAAAAGAAGAGAAGAGGGAGGCUAGGAAGAACAAGACACCCAAAUCUGUCAAGAAGAGAAAGAAGAAAAUCUCUAAACCCCACAAGACCCGUUAGUUUAUUUAUGUUCCAGAUCGACUCUAUUCACUUGUCCUUUUGUUAUUUAUAAAAUAUUUUAUGAGUUUCUUUCUUACAAUCUAAUAGAAUUGUGAGAGGAUUUGUGUUAGAUUCUUGAAUUUGAGUAUAAACGUGGGAUCGUUUCUCUU